GUCAAGGGGCUAAAAAAACAAAUUUCGCGACGAAUAGCAAAAAAAUAAAAUAGAAAUAGUACUCGCCAAACAAAGGCGGUGGCAAAUCAGUCAGUUUCGCAGCUAGAUUGGAUAGAUAGAUAUAUGCUUGUGCAAAUUUUUUAAUCGGAAAUUUAUAAAUUCAUUCAUUCAUUCCCAAAACAUUCUCAAUCUCUUUCUCUUUCGCUUUCCCUUUCGAAUUAGGGCACCCGAACUCGCUCUUUUGACUCACUAUUCUCUCUCUCUCAGGUUGUUGAUUAUUUGCAAGGAAACACUCUUCAGAUUGUUCCAAAGACUCUGAAUACAAAGGAAGAUUGUUUUCUACAACGGAUGACUUUUGACUUGACCAUUUGAAAUUCGUGCAAUGUCGGGGUUUCUUAAUUCUUCUCUGAAUGGAUCUGCUUCAAAUCUUCCAGAUGGUGCUGGACGGUCUUUUGCCACGUCUUUCUCUAGUCAGUCUGGUGCAGCCUCACCAAUUUUUCAUCACACUGGAGGUAUUCAAGGGUUGCACAAUAUUCAUGGGAGCUUUAAUGUUCCCAACAUGUCUGGUACUCUCACACCAAGAAACUCUACAGUAAAUAAUAUUCCAUCUGGGGGUGUUCAACAACAAACAGGAAGCCUUUCAAGUGGAAGAUUUGCAUCCAACAAUCUCCCUGUUGCAUUAUCACAGCUAUCUCAUGGAAGUUCAUAUGGACAUUCAGGAGUCGCCAAUAGAGGAGGUACAAGUGUUGUAGGAAACCUUGGAUUUAGUAGUAGUACAAAUGGAGUUGGUGGUUCUAUUCCUGGGUUUCCUGCAUCUAUUGGAAAUCGAAAUGCUGUUCCAGGAUUGGGAGUAUCCCCAAUUUCGGGAAAUGCAGGCCCUCGAAUCACUAGUUCUUUGGGAAAUAUGGUUGGUGGGGGGAAUAUUGGAAGGACUGGUGGAGGAUUGUCUGUGCCUGGGCUUGGUUCUCGUCUAAAUUUGAGUGUAAACAGUGGAUCUGGUGGUUUAGGCAUGCAAGGACAGAAUCGAUUGAUGAGUAGUGUGCUUCCACAAGGAUCUCCGCAGGUGAUUUCAAUGCCUGGGAAUUCUUAUCCCGGUGCUGGAGGCCUGUUUUCCCAAAGUCACGUUCAUGGAGUAAAUAACUUGAACACUAUGAGGAUGUUCAAUGAUGUAAAUUCCAAUGAUAGUUCGCCUUUGGACCCAAAUGAGUUCCCUCAACUGACAAGUCGUCCUAGUUCUGCUGGAGGAUCUCAAGGGCAGCUGGGUUCUUUGCGGAAUCAGGGUCUUGGCGUUAGUCCUAUUGGUCAACAAAACCACGAGUUUAGCAUUCAAAGUGAAGAUUUCCCUGCAUUACCAGGAUUCAAAGGUGGUGUUAAUGCAGAUUAUGCUAUGGAGAUGCACCAGAAAGAACAACUUCAUGACAAUGCUGUGCCAAUGAUGCAAUCUCAGCAUUUCUCUCAGAUGGGGAGGUCUGCUGGGCUCAGUUUGGGGGGAACAUAUUCCUCCCAUCGUACCCAACCGCAGCAACAUAAUCCUUCAGUCAGCAGUGGCAGUGUCUCGUUCUCAUCUGUAAAUAACCAGGAUCUUCUCCAUCAACAUGGAUCGGAUAUUUUUCCAUCUUCUCAUUCUGCCUAUCAUCCACAGACCAGUGGACCUCCUGGAAUUGGAUUAAGGCCUUCGAAUUCUCCAAAUACAGUUUCUGGUAUGGGUUCAUAUGACCAGCUCAUCCAGCAAUAUCAACAGCAAAAGAACCAAUCCCAGUUUCAUCUUCAAAUGCCGUCUCUAAAUCAGUCUUUUAGGGACCAGGACAUGAAGUCUAUGCAAGCUGCACAAUCUACACCAGAUCCAUAUGGUUUGCUUGGCCUGUUAAGUGUAAUCAGGAUGAAUGAUCUUGACCUGGCAUCUCUUGCUCUUGGAAUUGAUCUUACCACACUUGGCUUAAAUUUGAAUUCAUCAGAAAAUCUUCACAAGACUUUUAAAUCUCCAUGGGCAGAAGAACCAGCUAAAGGUGAUCCAGAGUUUAAUGUGCCACAAUGUUAUUAUACUGAACAACCACCUGCUUUAAAUCAUCUUUAUUUUUCAAAGUUUACGGAUGAAACAUUGUUUUACAUAUUUUACAGCAUGCCGAAAGACAAAGCACAAUUAUAUGCUGCACAUGAGCUUAACAAAAGAAAAUGGUAUUACCACACAGAGUUUCAAUUGUGGUUUACGAGAGCACCUAACGUGGAGCCGCUGGUGAAAACACACACAUACGAGAAAGGAACUUAUCUCUUAUUUGAUCCAAGCACUUUUGAAACGGUUCACAAGGAUAAUGUUACUCUCUAUUAUGAAAAGCUGGAUAGGUCUCAUCUACCUCAACAUUAAGGGGGAUUCAAAUCCUUUAUUGUAAAGUGUCAAUAUGGAUUUAAUUCCUCAGAAAUUCAUAUAGCAACAGUGUUCAUCAAUAUGGUGUCAAUUACAUUUUUGCAUUAGUGUUUCAGUGUAAGUGUAAUUUCUUUUCCGAGCUCCAAUACAAACAGUAACUAAGAUAGGUAGGCGUUAGGAUAACCUAGCUAUCUGAGAUGAUUUUUUGUUCACUUGUUGAAAUGUACAUAGAAAAACACCUGAAUCAAAAUUGGAUGUUGUUUUUGGAUGUUAUUCUCGGCUUAAUGAAAUACUCUAAUUCACCUUUUGGAUUGCUAAA